ACUUCAGAGGUUUCAAAACAGUUCCAGGACAAACUGUUAUCCUCUUGUGUUUUCCAUCUACGCGUGUGGAAGUACACAGAAAUAAUUUUAUGAUCAUUUGGCUGCUUUUGCUGAUACGGAUAACUUUCGGGCUAAAGUCUUUAAAAUUCAGGGAAAAGAAAAGUGGCUUUUAGGAGAGUAGAGGAGGAUUCAAGGAAAAAGGAAAGGAAGCGAACGUGUCCUGCAGAGCUGCGCAGACUGGCGAGUCCUCGACGUCAAGACCUGCAGGCUGCCAGUGAGUCUGUAAAGUAAAGUGCUGGAAAACCAGGUGAGUUGUUCAUUUAACUUCACUUUAUAUUCAGAGGAAUGGUUUUGUGACCGAUGCAUAUUUAAAUGUUUGAGUUUUAGCUGUUUUGACAAGGUAAAAUAGAAGUUGUGUCGUUUCAUUUUGGGGAAAUAUCGUUGCAAAAUAGAAAAAACUCACUGCUGAUUUAAGAUUGACAGUAAAAGAAGAAAACGGGCCGUGGUCAGUGAUAUCUCAUCGCUGUCUGGAUGUGGUUUGCUUAUAUAAAUUGGACUUAAAAAUGUGUCUGCCACAUUUUAGCAGAAUCAACAUACUCUUGUUUUUGUAGACUGAAUGGUUCACCCCCUCAGUUAGUUCCAGAAAACCCCGUCAAGCUCUGCUGGCAGGUUGUUGAACUCUAUUAACAGUGGUCUAUUAUAUCAUUGCAUUAGCACGCCAAGUGACUGUCCAAGCCUGGCCUCUCGUGGGUGGCUCUUUGAACUUUGGUCUCCAUAGAUAAAAUAGUUAUAGAUAGGUAACCAUACAUGAAUGCAGUGGAAGAGUGCAAUGAUAUUGUGGGGGUGUGUGUUUACAUGCCUGUAGCUCUGUUGAAUAAGAAAGGCUUUGUCAUGCAUGUAACUGAGGGGCCAAGUCUUUAGUUAAUCCUGUCUGCAUGCCACAAAAACAACAGUGACACUUUUGUUUGACUGGUCCCACAUUUUUCACCCAACUCAUGACUGAUUAUAUUAUGAAGUCCCAACAAAUAAUACAUCACCAGCUGACUAAGUCACUGACAUGAGGAAAAGGGGUUCAGCUAUUUCUGUGACCUUUGCACUGCAAACUUUCAAAGUUCAUUGACCUACAGGCCCAGUUUUAGGCUGUUGCUAAUACUAAUAAUAAUAAAUUUAUUGGUAUAGCACUUUAAAAACAGAAGUUCACAAAGUGCUUUGACAUAUAGUCAUAAAGCACAUGGACUAGACAGAUAAAAACAGUUAAAAAUAAAAUAGUUAAGCAAAUGCAAUUAAAAGGGGGGUCGAAAGCAGAAACAGGAUAGUAAAUAUAAAAGGCAAUAUCAACAAUGAGAGUAAAAUAAUAGCAGGUUAUACUGAUAAUAAUAGUAAUGAUAAAAUAGAGCAACAGAAAUGAGGAAGUAUCGAGAGUACAAGAGUAUAAGAGUACAAGUAUAACAAAAGCUAAAAAGACAGUAAAGCCAAAAUAAGAUAUAGUGUAAUGUAUUACUUAUUCUUAUUUCAUUAAUUUAUUCAUUCAUUUGAUGAAAAUAUUGCUGAUGACAAUAAGUUUGGGGUGCACAAUAAAAAACAACAUCGCAAAUCCUUAAACAUAUCAAAUGUAAGAGUGUAAUAAAUGCAUAUAAUGUAACAAAUAAGAUUAACAAACAUAAUUGACUCAGAUAAAAAAAAAAUAUCCUGGUAAUGUGAAAUAUCUUUGGGUGAAUAUAUCGGCUUAUAACAUUAAUAACUUACCCUGUUUCUUAUGUUUCUGCUUGUUCAUCUCCUCUCCUCUUGCACAGACUCUAAGCACCAUGUUCACAGAGGUGCUGGUUGCUGUGGUGAUUGGAGGAGUGAUCUUUUUCCUGUUUCAGAGGAGUAAGAGGCAGGUUCUGAAGACAGAAGACGGUUGGUGGGGAGCUGGAGCACCGCCUGAGGAUGGGGAGGAUGUCACCAUCAGGCCUUUUAAGAUCACCACCUGUGAUGAAGAGAUGGAGGUUUGUCAUCAGUAAUGAACUACAUGCAGAAUGUUGUUUGGUAUCCCAAAUCUGUGUACAAUUUAUAUCAGUAUUAAUGGAGUCGCUACCCAUGCCAGGGGCAGCCAUGCAGCCCUGUACCAUCACAGAUGCUGGUAUUUGAAAUGUGCUCCAAUAACAAGCCGCCUCUACAGGGAAGACGGUUUAGCAUCUUGGAUUUCCAAAAAGAAAGUCAAAUUUUGAGUCACCUUACUGAAGGAUGGUUCUCCACUUCCACUUUUCUAAUGAAAAACCAUUCAGGCAUUUCCACUGCAGGGUUAUGCCUGUUUUUUUUUUAGUAUAUUUUCUUUUAUUUCUUUCAAUCUUUUUAUGAUUUAAGGUUUCUGGAACAGUGCUGUCCUAAGACUCCCAUUAUCCUGAAAUCUUUAAACUAUUCGCUCAUGUACUGUCUCACAGAGGUGAACCUUUCCCAUCUUCCUUUUAAAAAACUUAGAAAAUCUGAAAGCCCUUUUGUACCGGUUAGGUUUUUUUUUUGCAUCACACAACUUGUCAAUAUGUUUUUGUCCCUGUCCCAACUGUUUUAAAACAUACUUUCAACAUUUUGUUAUGAUGUAUUUGCACCAUUUGGGGGCCUUUGAAUGAUUUGCAAACUAUCAAUUUCUGUUUUUGUUAACAUUAUACUCAGUUUACUAACUUUUUUUGGUCUUUGUGGAUGCACAGCAGGUACUUUCUUUUGAGGAGGUUAUUUAAUAUAUCAGAUUGUAAUUGUUAAUUAAAUUGCAACAUUGAAUUUUGAACUGGUCAUCCCCCCAGAGUGUUUGCCGUACAUUUACAACAACAUCAGUUGAAGCAGACGUCGUCUUUUAUCUUCUGACUCAAAACCGAUCCCUUUGCAUUGAAUUUGCACAUCUUCUCUGUGUUUCUAUCAGGAUCUCUACAGGAGGAUAGAUCAGACUCGCCCUGUUCCAUCACUGGAGGACAGCCAGUUUAACUAUGGCUUUAACUCCCAGUACCUGCAGAAGGUGGUCUCUUACUGGAGAAACGACUUUGACUGGAAGAGACAAGUGGAUAAGUUAAAUCAAUACCCACACUUCAAAACAAGCAUCGAAGGUGAGGCCACACAGCCAUUAGAGUAUUAUUAGAUUAAAAAUCUUGCUUUAUUAAAACUGUCCCCAUAUUAUUACAAUGUUAUCCAGGUAUUGAUAUCCAUUACCUCCAUGUGAAGCCCAAGAAAGUGCCGGAGGGAGUGACUCCUCUUCCUCUGAUAAUGGUUCACGGCUGGCCUGGAUCCUUCUAUGAGUUCUAUGGGUUGAUCCCUCUGCUGACAGAACCAGCAGACCCAAAUGACCUUGUGUUUGAGGUGGUGUGUCCUUCUAUACCAGGCUAUGGUUUUUCAGAAGCAUCCUGUAAGAAAGGUAAGCGUGUAAACGAGUAAGUUGGACACAUAGAAAUACAUUUUCAAAAUCCAAUAUAUCUUCUUUAUGUUUGCAUGUGUGUGUUUUCUGUCUGUAGGGUUUGACUCAGUUUGUGCAGCACGCAUUUUCCUCAAGUUAAUGAAGCGACUGGGCUUCCAGCAGUUCUACGCUCAAGGAGGAGACUGGGGCUGGCUGAUCACCACCAAUAUGGCCCAGCUUGAGCCUAAGUAAGACAAAUAUAUCCAUCUGACUUAUUCUUGUCGUUUGCCAUUAAGUCUUUUCAGCUGUGAGUUCAAAGUACUGCUGUGAAAUUACGCAUUGACUUAUUGUUUUAAUCAUAAUCACAACCCAUGACUUUUUUUUUUUAAACUUUCUUUUCAUUGAUCUUCUUUAACACACCUGAUUCAAAUUAUCAGCUCGUUAUCAAGCUCUGGAAUGGCUUGAUAACGAGCUGAUCAUUUGAAUCAGGUGUGUUGGAGCAGGGAAACAUCCAAAACAGGCAGGACAGGGGGGCUGGAGGACUGGACUUGAGAACCACUGCUCUACAGUUUGAUCUUUUUUCCUUGUCAGUGUGAAUGUCUUCAUCCCGUCGUUUUAAUGUAUUCGGUCCAUUUUUCCCAUUUCCGGCAACAUUGAUCUUCUUGAGUCCUUAUUCUAUAAGUCAGUCGUUCCAAAGUUUAUAUUUCGUUGAUAAUUUUCAACCAGUCUUCCUGUGACAGUGGGUCCGCCCUAGACCAUUUUCCUGUCAUCGCCUUUUUACAGGCUGCUAACAUAAUUUUCAAUAUGUGUCUAUCUUCCUUCAGAACAACAUUUCCUGUAGUGAUUCAAGAUAUAAAAAUGUACAAGACUUGGAUACAGCAUAACCCAAAAUUUAACCUAUAACCACAUAAACAGCUUCCCAAAAUUUUGUGAUUUUAGGACAGAGUCAGAACACAUGUGAAUGGUACUGAAGUGUGUUUACUCCUAAUUUUGGGUGUUAUAAAAAGUCUACUAAGAUUUUUCCAACAGUGUAGUCUCCAGACACGGGAUGAUGUUGUUGUCUGCUGUAUUCUCCAAAUAUGUGACCAUUCAUCGUCAGAUAUGUUCACACCCAGUUCUCUCUGCCAUCUCAGUUUUACAUAUGUCCCCUCCAUUAUAUGCCCAUAAAUUGUAGAGAUUAUUCCAAAUUUCCUAGCGUUGUAAGCUUCGGUUAUGGUUUUGAUUAUUGAAUUUUUGUCCAGAUCUCCUUGUUGAAUAAGUCCCUUAUCUGCAAAUAUCUGAAAUGGUCUUCAUUACUUAAAUCAUAUUUUUGUUUAAUCUCCUGGAAGCUCAAGAAAUUCCCAUUUUUAAUUACUGUACAUAUUGCUGUUAAUCCGUUAGGAAUCCAUUGUUUAAAUCUUUGGUCAAACUUGGAAGUUUUUAUUUCUAAUACUGACUGAGUUAAGACUGUUUAAAAAUGUGGGAUUUGACCAGUUUUAAGAAACAUCAAGGUGCGUCCUAAAAGUUAGGAUUGAAAUGUGAUAAUUUAUGUAUUCCUGGUCACUCUUUGGAAAUGCUUUGAUGCGUUUUGUAAAUACCACAUAACCCGUGCCUUUUUAUUUCCAGCACAGUCAAAGGUCUACAUGUGAACUUCGCCCCUCCCUCCAAGCCAGGACUGUCCGUGACUUUAUCCCUCAUGCUCGGUCGACGCUUCCCUAAGCUGUUUGGCUUCACUGAUGUGGAUGUUCAGCGCCUCUUCCCAUGCAUGGAGAAGCUGCUGGUGGAAUCCAUUAAAGAGAGUGGCUACAUGCACAUUCAGGCCACCAAACCAGACACUGUUGGUAAGGAAACAAAUUUGCAGAGUGGGAUAAAAGCAUAAAUGCGUUCUUGGGGUUUUGUGGCUUAGUGUGUACACUUUGAUUCGAAACUCCCCCUACAGGUCGAGGACUGAAUGAUUCUCCUGUGGGUCUGGCGACUUACAUUCUGGAGAAGUUCUCCACUUGGACGAGCCAUGACUUCAGGAACCUGGAAGAUGGUGGACUCACCAGGUAAAGAAAACAAGUUACUUUAUUUAUGCAGCCCAUUGGGUAUCACAAAGACAAUGUCAAAGGAGACCUAAAUUAUUUGGCAGAUUACCUCUGAUAGUUGAAGAAGAUAUUGACUUUUUUGUUGAUUCAGGUGCCGGAUAGCUAAACCCUCUCUGUUGUUUGUGUUUUGCCUUGUAGAAAGUUCUCUCUGGACGAUCUGCUGACUAAUGUGAUGAUCUAUUGGACGUCUGGCUGCAUCAUCUCUUCUAUGAGGUUCUAUAAGGAAAACUUUCGCCAAGGCCUGGACCAGCCUCACUCUAAGUAGGUGACGAAUUCAUAUCGCUAAAUCAAAAUGGAUGUUUUUACCACUUUACUGGUCACACACUCUUUCAAGUCAAACAGGGAGGUACCAUUAUUUUAUGAAAAUGAAAUUAAUAUAAAUUUCAAUAAACUGCAAUUACACUAGGAUAGGCUUCGAUAGCAAGGUCACAUGACUUCAAAGCUAGUGUUCAAUGAUAAUUAUGAGCAAAAAAUUUGUCAGCGACCUUUUAUCUACGGCAAAGACAAUUAGAAACUGGGAGUAAAAUGGAAAAGCAACUUCUUAUAUCCUACAACUUUCCCUAUCAGUCGGAAAACAUCAAACAACACAUGAAAUAGUAAUAAUUUCCACUUCUGCUCCAAAAAGAAGAUAUUACCUGAUGUUAAUAAAGUCUAUAAUCCCUUGAAUAGAUGAAAAACAUCCAAUUUAGUUUAGUCACAAAUGAGCUUUUUAGCAUCUCGCUGAGAUAAAAAAAAAAAAAAAAACAGGUGUUUCUGUACUGGCUAUAUUUUCUGCUCAUAAUCACAGACAAACUGCUCUUUUUCUAAGCAUCAACAUUGCAUUUCCAACACUACUCUGAAUGUAUCAUCUCUGUUUUAUUUCUGUGUUAUGGUGCUUGUUCACCCUUCCAUUACUGCACACUCCAAAGUUUCAUAUCACAAUGCUGUGAACGCUCUUACGCUGAGUCUGCAGAAAUGCUCGCUACCAGAAAGGGUGCAAGAAGCUCUCUAAAGCCUGCCAGAGACCCUUCAUGCACUUGACUGUUUGACAGUGAGCUAGCCCUAAGCCCUAAUGUGCCUUAAAGGGCUGGUAGGGGAGAGUGGGGUAAGAUGAGCCAUUUUUCAUAUUUCAGAUCACUGCAUCAAGGCAAUCAUAGUUUUGUCUCUAACUAGUGUAUCUGCAUAUAUUUUAACAUGUUGUGCAUCCCUGUAAACCAACAGAAUGAGUGUAAACAUGACUAUCUUGAUAAUAUAGCAUGCCAAACUUUGGCUCAACUUACUCCACUCUACCCUAUAAUACAAAAAUUGCAAAGUUACAAAGUUUGGUGUAUUUUUUCAUAAUCCUAGAAAAUAUAUGUAAACUCCUCAAAUCACCGACAUGCGUGAGAAAAUACGAGACCAUAAUUUAUGUGCGAGAUUUACUGAAAUUCUUACUUAACCUUUCAACCCUGAAUAAACCAGCGUGUUUAAAAAGCGCACUUCUUUUAUAAUGUCAGUGGUUCUCAGUGAGACACAAACCUAUGACGUGAUAAAAGAAAUACAACAUCACCAGACUGCAUCUAAGGCUGACACCUGAUCUUGUUUUUGCAGGAUACCAGUGUACGUCCCCACCGGCUACGCCUGCUUCCCUAAUGAGCUUAUGCACACCCCUAAGCUCUGGGUCAAACAGAAAUACCGGAAACUUGUGUCCUACACUUACAUGGCCAGGGGUGGUCACUUUGCUGCCAUGGAAGAGCCCCAGCUGAUGGCUGAGGACAUCCAGAAGUUUAUCAAGAUGGUGGAAAAGAAGAAGAAAAAGUAGUGUAGUCAUGAAAAGGUGAAAGAAGUAAAGUAAUGAAAGUUUUAAUAAGCAGAUGUCUAAAUGAACAGAAGUGAACUGUAAAAGGAUAAGACAGCAUUGUGAUUAUUGACAAUGAAGGAAGCACUGUGUUUCUCUCUGAGUCUGAUCAAUGAUUCAGUUAAAGCUCAAUCAUACUCGUAUAUCGAAGCAGUUAUAUCCAGCAUCAAUAUAGUCUGUGAACUUGAUGUCAUCUGUUCUCAACCUGCUGCAGUUACAGGUUAGGAACCAGGACGCAUCAUCCAUUCAGUCUUUUUCCUCCUGCUCCUCAAAGAGUUUCUGUCCUCUGUGAAUCUUCUUCUAUCAUUUAACACUUUACCAACCAGUUUAAGGACACUUACCGCUUUCACGGCCCAGAUAAGAAGCCAGACAUUCCUCUGACUGAAUCAAACACCAGCUAUGCUAAACAUGACUGCUUUUAACUUUGGAGUUGAUAUACUUUGAAUGAAUUUUGAACUAAUUUGAAAGCCAUUGUAGUUUAGAGUUAAUUAAUCUACCAUAGCAUUACUGCAGAUAAGAGAUUGAUUCCCCCUCUUGGUGAAAAAGUGCCUUAUUGCUGCAUCCUCAGCAGGGGGUGACUUAGAUAAAGUCAGAUCUCAUACCUAUGGUGCUGAAUUAGAGGUUUUAAAUCAAGAGUCCUCCCACCAAAUGAUAAUAACAUAGUAGCUAUGACCUCUUAUUCAAUAUACUGAUGUGUUAGUCUGUACUGCACUGCCUAUACCACUGCUGCCUUUGACUUAUUUGCCCAUGAUUGUAAAAUGCAGUGUUACAAUAUAUCCUGUUGGCUCAUUUUGAUUGCUUCAAAGCAGAUAAGCACUUAGUACUUGCUGUUUCUUUUACAUUUUAAUUGCAUAUGUAAAAAUCUUUCAAUAUAACCGUAUGAAGUUGAAUGUGAUCUAUAAUGCUGCUGUGAAAACAAGACAACUCCAAGGCACUCUCUUUAAUAAAGAGCAAUAAUGUCUUAAUUUCCAUAGCCAGGUGUCUAAAUAUAUAACCUCCACCAGGUGGCGUUGUUUUGGACAAAGUGAAUUUAGGGCUGAGCGGUUACAACGAGAUUUCUGAACAGCUAAGGCUGCGUUUACACUCUAGGCAAGUGGAGGGGUGUAUAUGGAACCAGUAUAGAGGAAUUUCUUAUGGGCCCGUACCCUGCGUUGGUAACUGUUAAUCAUGUUAUCUUUGUGGGCCCCUAAACUAUUAGGGCACCAGUUUGCUUCAGAGUCUAAAUACCCCUUUUUCUCCCCAAUUUGACACCUCUGGUCCUGGGUCAUGCUAGCAAGAGUAGAGCAGCAGGUUAAAGGUGGAACCUACAGAACCUGCACCUACAGAAACUUACGUGCCAAAACCGGACGUCAAUUUUGGGGAGCUAUUUGGACUCUUAAAAUGUAGAUUCAGAACAGCAUCAGGUAUUGUGCAGAACUUCUUUGCAACCAGUAUAAGUACUUACAGGGACACCACAAAACCAUAUGUGAUAGUUUAUUGGCUUAAAGGAAUAUUCUGGGAUCAAAUUAAUUUAGGGUCACAUAUGAAGAUGGCAGCUCAGUAAAAGGAUGAGGCUUUAAUGUUCAAAACACUUAAAUUUGCCGUCGCAUUGUGCAAAAUAAUCACUAAUCAUCAAUUGGUCUAAUUUAAAAUCUUGUGUUAUAUGUGUCACAGUGGUGUGUAGCUUGGGCCCUUUUACCCUCAAUAGAUAGUACAUGUACUUGGUUAACUCCAGGGAAAGCCAUCGACCUUGAUGGCCUAGCCUGUGUCUGUUGUAGGAGAGAAGACUAAACAAUGAAUCUUAUCAGCCGACAGUUAUCUCGAGUUAGGAGGUGUUUCUCUUUAUGAACAUUUUUCCUUCUGGGCCAAAGUUUAAGUCAAUCUUGGUUGUACCCUGUACGUGAUACACAGUUGACCCCUUUUGGAAAAUAAAAAGAUGGUGUCCUCAGAUUUCCUCUCCAGUAUGAGUUACAGUAUUUAAGUGUCACUAAGUAGACAUUUAUUUAUCAUUGAGGAACCACAUUGUGGACUUUUUCAGGGUGAUGUUUGUUGAAAAUACACACGUCACUGGUAACACACAGUGGCAAAUUUUUGUUUGAAUAAAAACUUAGCGCUAUAGAAAGUGAGUGACAGAUCAGGUUCAGAUUUCACUGCUUUGUUGUUUCCACUCUCAGGUGGGCGUUACUGAUGGGAAUUUUUGGUCUCGCACAGUUUUUAAAAUAUCAUCAUACAUGUUGAUCUGAGGUCCAGUCCCGUGGGAAACCAGAUUUUACUUCUUUUUAUAUGUCAAACACAGGAAAUAAAAACUGGAUGCAGAUAUUUUCAUGCCCUAAGCAAAAGUAAAAUCCCCUGCAGUGAGUUUAGCUUUCAUUAAAAAACAAUCUUUUCAAUUAUAACAUUAUAUAACAAAUGUUAGCCGAAACAAUAAUUUCAUUUACUUUUUAAUCCAACACUGUAACUUGAUAAUAUAACGCUGCUAACCAUGUCAAGAAAAUGAGCUCUUGAGAGGGUUAUUUUGUGUUGACUAAAAAGAGAUCAUCAGUCUUACAAAACAACUUCAUUAGAUUAAAAUAAGAUGAAUAAUGUCUCGUAUACAAAAAGGCUACAUUUUCUGUCAUCUGUCUGCUUUUUAUUUUUUUUUAACAUGGUAAAAACAGCAGGCUGAAAACAAGUUUACCAGGAUAGUUUUAGAAGUUUUUCAUCUGAGAAAAACAUUACAUUUUUUAUCUUUAAUUCAACACAAUGUGUCACAACCAUACAGUCUAUUGUUGUAACUUGUUUUUUAAAGUGCAUCAAUAAUGUAAAAUUCAUCAGAGAGAAAGUUAAAAUGCUUUCAGCUCUUGAAGGAGACAGGUUGGCACUUUACUUCUCUCUCGUGGUCAGAAAUAUGACUUACAAGGAACAUUUUUUCAUGUAUAUCUUUCUACAGAAAACUACAUAAAAACCUUUUUUGUUCAAAAACAGAAACUACAGUAAAAUCAAUUCUGUACAUACAACAUACAUCAUUUCAUAGUAAUAAAUAAUUUGACAUGCAUUGCAUCGUGUUGUUGCUAGUCCUCCAGUGAAUACAAAAAUAAAAAUCUUCAAUUAACAUUAAA